AUGCUAAACCGCGUGCAACGUGAGCUAUCAUCGGUACACCCCCUGUCCCUCUACCGCAAACAACGGCGCUCCACCACCACAUCCAUUAACUACACUCCCGGUGCCGGCAAUAAUCGACGCCAAUCGCAGGCGGCCAACGGAUUCGUGACUAUCGCCUCGGGGACUACCGGUGCCGACAGCAACACAGGCGGCAAUAAGAGGCUUAAGAAAAUCAUUAGCGAAGUGAAGGAGCGCCGGGAGAUACGGGAGCGUAAAAAGUCGGACUUACAGGACAUGGAGGGCUCCGACGCCGACGUGACCGUGUAUUUCACAGACCCGGAGUUUAUAUUGACCAAAAACUACCAGGAGAAGUUAAAGGUGUACAACUUUCUGAAUAGCCCGCAAAGUUUUUGGGCCCGAAGUUAUCAUAUACUCGUGUUUUGUCUGGUGUUCGCCGGCCUUAUUGUCACCGUUUUCUCUAAUAUAGGAAAGUUCGCAUCGAGCGCCUGGAAGUUCAUAUACCUGUUCGAGAAGUUCAUAAUCAUAUGGUUCUCAUUCGAGUUCAUACUCCGUCUGUGGUCCUCGAGCUGUAAGCAACAGUACGAGGGCUGGAGGGGUAAAAUCAACUACAUGUCCGUCCCGGCGCACGUGCUCGACGUCAUCAUAAUCGUCUCGUCCAUCCUGAUCGUCAUCCCUAUCCACACGCGGAACGGGUCGGAGGUGUUCGCGGUGUCCGCCUUCCGCGGGUUUCACCGUUUUUUCUCAGUCCUACAGAUUGUGACACUGAACCGUCAGCUGAAGCCCUGGAAAGUGUUGUCGUCCGUCAUCUACGACCAGAGGGAGCAGUUGUUAAUCAUAUUUUACAUCGAGUUCAUAGUGCUGUGCCUUUUGGGCUACAUUUCCUAUAUAGUGGAAAAGGAUGAUAACGAACAGUUCGAUAAUAUCGCGGAGGCCAUGUGGUGGUCGGUGGUCACGUUGGCUACGGUGGGUUAUGGGGAUCGAGUACCGGUGACCUGGCUGGGCAAGCUCAUCGCCAGCGUGUUCACCGUACUAGGGGUGGCCUUAUUCGCCUUACCGGCCGGUAUUAUCGGUGCCGGACUGGCCCUUAAGGUCGAGGAGGAGGAGCGCAAUCGGCAACGGAAAAAGAAAAAGGCGGCCGCGGCUACCUUGAUACAAUGCGCCUGGAGGUUGUACAAGUCCAGCAUUAAAUACAACGAGACAUCCAGGUUCUUUGCCCACAAGCCUACGGAUAUCUACAAGUUUUACUACUUCGAGACGAUUGAGAAGAAGUUCAUUUGUUUGACGAAGUUUUUUAUCGCCAAACAAAAGUUUGUGGACCUAUUGAGGCCCCUGGAUAUCAAGAGUAUCAUCGAGAGCUAUAAGUAUGGUCAGCUAGACGUGAUGAGCAGGGUGGGACAUAUGCAGACUACUAUUGAUACGAUUGGCACCCGGGUAGGCCUAAACGAGAACACCAUACAGACCUCCCAGUCCCUACUCAACCAAAAGAUCGAUAACAUCGACUCAUUGAUCACCGAUAUUGAGACAAAGCUGGACAAACAGAUGGCUAUUAUCGAUAGGCUGUCCGCACAUCCCGUGUUUGAUCAGAGAUUU